AUGAUAAGAUCAUAACUUUCACAAUUUAUGCUAUGCCGGAGGAUCUUCCUGGUAAGAAUAAUUUUAUUAAAAAUUGUAGCUGGGAGAUAGCAAUAUCAUUCGAAAUUUGAACUAAUUAGAACUGACGAAACUGCAAAGGAGUUUAAGGAAAAUAUCAGAAAGAAAGUUGAGGUACUUAGACUGUAGGAAUUUAAACAGAGAUUUAAGCAUCCCAAUGCUGAUUUCCCAGAUAUUAGGACUAUUUCUAAUUAAAAUCUUGAUGAAGCAGAUGUAUUCUUUUUCAGAUAGAGAUUCAAUAGAACAUCAAACGGAGGAAACUAUAUUCCCGAAUUAAAGCCAAGCUGUGUCUGCAGAUGUUUCCUUAAUCCUGAUGAUGAGACUAUAAUGUGUGAAAAAUGUCAAGCCUUCAUGCAUCCUCAAUGUUUGAGAUAAAAUGCCGACAGAAGAUGCUUUGAAUGUAAAGAGGAAAUCCCUAUCAAAGCAAUUUACAAUCUCAAAAGAUCGGCUGUAGAUGGAGAUAUAGAUUCAAGUUCUGGAGCUAAUAAUCAGAUUGAAAACGAUGAGGAUCAUAGGUCAAUCAAAAGGCAAAAGCUGGACUCGCCUAAGAUUAAGGAACAACAGAUAAAUCAAUUUAAUCAAUCAGAGUAAAUUGAAACUCAAAAUUUAGAUUCUGAACUCUUGCUUCUUGGAGUUGAAGAAGCCAGAGAGAAGGGAAAUCUAGAUUAGAUAAAGAACUUUAAUAUGGAUGGAGACUAAGACCAAAUAUAUGAUUUCUGCACAAAGAUUGCGACUAAAAUUGAAAGUGGCAUGUGGGUUUGCUUUGAGGAAUCAGUGAGUAAAGACUACAGUAGCAAGUACAGAUAGCUUUAUACUGCUUUAAAAAAUGACGAAAACUUUGAAUUAAGAUUUUAGAUUUUGUCAGGAGAUAUAGAUCCAGUGAAGGUUACUGAACUCUCUAGUCAGUAGUUAGCACCAAAGAGUCUAUAAGAGAGGGUUGAAUUGCAGAAGAAAAAGUAUUUCGAAGAGUAAACAAUAGUAAAUGAUCCAAUUUAAUUGAUUGUAAAAUCCCACAAGGGAGAUGAAAUAAUGUAGCUAAACGUUGAAGAUAGAAGAGUCAUUCAUAAUGAAGAAAUUACAGGUUCUUUACAGCAGCUCUCUUCUUUAACAAUGAGAUAAGAUAUGUCAAAGAAAUCGGCAAACACAAUUGUAGAAUAGUAAGAAUUAAUAUAAAGUCAGCAGACUGAGCAUGAAGGGGGUGGAACAGUUCAUGAAGAUAAUGGAAGUUAAGAUGGUUGGAAUACUGAGAAAAAUUAGAAAAACACUGAGGAAAAUAAAAUAGAUAAAUCUGAUAAAUAAGAGAGACUCAAUAAGUAAACUUCAGGUCCUAUUUAAACUUAGAAAUACCCAGGACUGAAUAAUGAAGAUAGUGAAUUGAUUGAAGAUCUAGAUAGAUGGUCACUCAAUAAUCUCAAGCAAAAAUUCAUUGAUAGACUUAAUCACUUAAAAACUAAUCAUGCUACUAAAGAUGACUUAUUCGCCAAAAUCUAAGAGUUGGCAUAGAUUCAUGAGAAGAAGCAACAGGAGUUCACAGAGAAAUUGAAGUCAAACUGA